CCAUGCACAAAGGACGGAUAGAAAGCAGUGAGUGAGUGAGUGGAGUAUAGUGUCCAAGAUGGCGGAAUCAAGCUAUUAUCAGGGCGAUUACAUCAGGCACCCGGUUCUUUACGAACUGUCGAGCAAGUAUGGAGUGGCUGGCAGUGACCAGGUGCCCUUGCCGGUUCGUCUCGACGAGCUCCGGGAGCACAUACGCCGAGAAAUACGCAAGGAGCUGAAGAUAAAGGCUGGCGCCGAGAAGCUGAGAGAAGUGGCGACCGAUCGUAAAGCGCUCUCGGAUGUGGCGACGAUCGUGAAAAAGUCGAAUAGUAAGCUGAACGAGCUACAGGCAGAGCUUCACCAACUGGAGAGUCAAAUUAUAUUGACGCAGGGCCAGCCCCAGUCGCCCCAGCAGAAUCACUCGAACGGUCAAGACACGCCUCUGUCACCAAUGGGGCCGUCGUCGCCGAGUCAGGAGGGUCUAUUCACGGAUCUUCGUCUUUUGUCCUUGGAGAAGCAGCUCAAUAUCGAACUCAAGGUGAAGCAGGGGGCGGAGAAUAUGAUACAAAGUUUGACCAGUGGCCGGGAUAAAAAGUUACUGCAGGAGGCUCAGCAGAUGUUAGACGAUUCUCGCGCCAAAAUCGAGUUCCUACGCAUGCGAAUAAUGAAGGUGAAACAGGCUCGUCAGCAGCAACACGCGCGCGGCGAUGCACCACCGCCAAACGGCGAGACGGCUAGCAAUAAAGAUAGGUACGAGCCAAGCUUGGAGCUGGCGUUGGAAGAGAGGGUGGAGGAGCUGCGACAUCGUUUGCGAAUCGAAGCUGCAGUGGUGGAGGGAGCUAAGAACGUGAUACGUCUUCUACAAAGGGCCAAAGUUGCUGAUAAGAAGGCUCUAACGGAGGUACGUAUCAUUUCCUCUUCAAUAUACCCAAAACUGACGUCUGUUCUUUAUCGAGAGAGAGAGAGAAAGAGAGAUACACCUGUGGAUGAACGGAACGACGAUACUAUCGAGAGAACGUCGACGGAUCCUCUUCGUAACGGAGGAGAGAAACGGUCCACGGGCGAAUGCGUUUCUACAGCGAAACCGAUUGAACGCUCGGAGCGGCGAUGGUGUUCUGCGGUGGAUAACGGCGUGGAGAAGGCUGAAGAAAAAGGCUUGGACAUCAUGUACGGUCGUCAAGGGAACUCGAACAACGCGCAACCACCUCCGUGGUUGGUGCGUGCAGAAGUCACGAUUCGACAUGGAACACCGGUCACCUCGGAAUCCGCUCAGGCGCCGGUAAGUGUGUCCUCCACUGUCACAGAUUCAGGUGGCGUUCGUAUGAUAUACCGAUGGAACACCAGCGAGUCAUCACCGUCAACGACGACUCCAGUCGUCACCACUUCUAAUCUAUCUUCGUCCCCUGGUUCCUUCGGUUUUCAACGAGGCAACAUACUCUUCACUUCGACUCCACCUCCGAGGCCUUCGCCAGGCUUCUACACGAUUCCAAGGUCAGGAUCGUCCGGGAACGACGAGUCCAUGUCGUCCAGAGGAAGAUUGAACGUUGAUUCGGGAUACAACAGCGAACAAUUCUCACCGCAGUCCUACUCGAGCUUGCCUUCUCGUCGACCGUCUCAACAGUACAAUCGUCGAUGCAAGAGCACGUGUAGCAUCGUUCUGUCAGCUACUUCCAGUAAAACAGCGGGCAGCGAGUCGACGAAGCAUUUGUACGACAAUUCCUGGAGGCAUCAUUCGUCCCAUCAGCAUAUUUUUUCGCGGCAUCAUCAGUUCAGCACGGUUCCGGAAGUCUGCGAAGAUUGUCCGGAAGGUGGAAGUCUACCUGGCGCCUAUAGUACGCAUUUCUGCAGUCGUACGCAGGAUAAAGUUACGAGUAAGUCGACUACCAUCAGCAAAGACGCGUCUUCGCAGACUACAGACAUAGAGUCCAAGGAAUCCACUUCGACGACUAUGAGCAAGAGUAAAGUGAGGAGGAAAGCUACUGGUCUCCAUAUUUCGGACGAGCAGAAGAAGAAGAAGCAAGAGAGUCGAUCGCCAACAACAGCUUCAGAGACCACGAGCAUCGGUCCAUCAGCGGACUCGGAGAAGUCUGAUUCCUCAGCGAAAGACGACAGCUCGAAGCGUAAAUCGCGAACUGUGCACAUAGACGUGUACUGCACCGGUUCCGACGACGAUGAGAACACUGAAUCGUCUACCGAGAACGAACGUGACACCCCUAUGACCGUAUUCGAGAAUCCUGACGUGUUAGUCACGCAUACUCAAGUACCAAGCGAUAUUCUACCCAGGGGAUUCCAGGAUGACAAAGCUUUUCUGAAACCUAGUUCAAAGGGCUACGACAGCGACGACGUGCUCAGCUCGCUUUAUCCUUCGCAAUUCAGCUCUUACAGCGCUCUUCGGGAUGUAGAUUCCGCACCAUGGUCAGCGGCUUCUUCCAACGCUGGCAUUCCGUUCGACUACGAUUCUACUAUCGCCACAUCGCCUAAGGAUACUCUGUCCGACAUAGACUCGUUGAUAAAUAGCAAAGUAGGGCUAACUCCUUGCGACAGUUUCGAGUACGCGAGUUCCUCCGAUAGAGAGAGGAUACGGAGAAUGGAGGAGAUAUGGGCCAAGUCCGAGGGAGAGGAUAAACAGUGGCGCUCGCCGGAAAUCGAGCGUAAAUAUUUAUUGCAGAAUAGGAAGAUGAAGGAGUAUUUAGAAAAGCACGAGAUUGGAUGGUCGUCUGCUGAUAGCGGGGAAGAUACAGACGAGAGCGGUACUGUUGGCUGGAGCUUCGUGUCCAGCGAAGAGAGUCAACGAAUGUUGAAGAAAGCCUCGACUGUUCGACGAACGAGUAAAACUUCUACUGAGCAGUACUCCGAUUCCACGCGUAGCGAUAGUAUUCCUCAUCCGUACGCUUUGCGCGAUCAAAUAGGUCCUUUCGUUUCUAACAGCCCAUCUCCACUUCCGUCGAAAGUACCUUCUCGAGUUACCUCUCCCUUUAUGACGCCUCAGGGCGAGAGAACCGAUCACAUAUUGAAGGCGUCGAUAUUUGGCUCGGCUCAAGCAAGUCUUGCAGAAUCAAGUAGAAAGUUGGAUCUGCUGAGAUUAUCCCUCGAACUUAGAAGACAAGAAUUACCACCUGACAGUGGUACUGCUGCUCAAUUGAAGAGAGAAUUAGAAAGUGUGCAAUCAGCUAGCCCGGUCCCCGUAACUUACACAUCAUUGCAACCGUUUCGUGGUCCAUUAGAGGGUAAAGCUACGGUGCCUGCUUCGGUUUCAAGAUGCGCCGCUGUUACUGGACAGUUAGAGGUAAGGUUAAUGGGAUGUCAAGACUUGGCAGAAGAAGUGCCUGGGCGCACGAGAAGAGAGCAUCCAGCAAGUCCGGAUUUACGUAGUUUUGUUAAAGGAGUUACAGGACGUAGUUCGAGCAAAUCGUACAGCGUUAAGGAUGAAACCAGUAAUGAUAUUAUGGCAGUUAUUAAACUGGAUAACCAAACAGUAGCACAAACUAGUUGGCGACCAUGUUCCCAGCAGGCUUGGGAUCAAAGGUUUUCCAUCGAACUAGAUAAGUCGAGAGAACUCGAAAUAGGCAUUUAUUGGAAAGAUUGGAGAUCUCUUUGUGCUAUAAAGUUUUUACGUUUAGAAGAGUUCAUCGAUGAUGUGAGACACGGAAUGGCUCUGCAAUUGGAGCCGCAAGGUCUUCUUUUCGCUGAAAUUAAGUUCUUGAACCCUAUGAUUUCGAGGAAACCUAAACUGCAACGUCAACGAAAAAUCUUUAAGCAACAAGUGAAAAACUUCCCAAGAGCUAAUCAGAUGAACAUUAACGUUGCAACUUGGGGUAGACUCUUGAAACGAUCUGCUGCUCCUUCAUUGCACAGUCCAAGAAACUCUGAAAGUCCGCCGUCAGGACCUCAACCUUUGCAACUUGCUUUUGAUACUUCACUGGAAGAUAAACCAGAAACGCCUGGAGAACUGCCUGACCCUGAAAAGGGAGGAUUAGGUGGAGCUAGACCCUUAGGAUUGUUAACUUCAAGUAGUAGCCCUACACUGCCUCGUCCUCCAGAACAUCCUCCACCUCCACCACCCACGAUUACAAAGAAACCCUCGUUGCCUGCACCUCCACCACCACCAAAAUUAGACCAAGAGAGUGCAUUAAGGGAGUUUGAUUUCCUGCACAACGAGGAAAAGGGGGGUCCUCAGGGGGCAAAUUUGAGGCCUCUCGUAACAGAGCCUCGUCCUGUGCUGAUUGCACCACCCUCUCCACGCACACCCUCGCCCCAACCUGUCGUCGAGUUUCCUGAAGAUGAGGUUGUAUAUGAAAUGCCGAAUAAGCCUGCUCAAUACAGAGACAGCGCCUACGAAUCUAGAAGACAUUCGCAACUUACUGGAAUGACCAUAGAUAACUUUAGGCUACUUUCUGUUCUUGGCCGUGGUCAUUUCGGAAAAGUAAUCCUAUCGCAGUAUAGAAAUACAGGAGAAUACUUUGCGAUUAAAGCAUUGAAAAAAGGAGAUAUAAUAGCGAGGGAUGAAGUGGAGUCAUUACUUUCAGAAAAGAGAAUAUUCGAAGUGGCUAAUGCUACACGUCAUCCUUUCCUUGUAAAUCUAUUUGCCUGCUUUCAAACUGAGGCACAUGUGUGUUUUGUAAUGGAAUAUGCAGCUGGAGGAGAUCUUAUGAUGCAUAUACACGCAGAUGUGUUUGGAGAGCCACGAGCUGUAUUUUAUUCAGCGUGUGUCGUGUUAGGAUUGCAAUAUUUGCACGAAAGUCGAAUAAUUUACAGAGAUUUAAAAUUAGAUAAUUUACUGUUGGAUACAGAAGGGUACGUAAAAAUUGCGGAUUUCGGUUUGUGUAAAGAGGGAAUGGGCUAUGGAGAUAGAACAGGAACAUUUUGUGGUACACCAGAAUUCUUGGCUCCCGAGGUUCUUACUGAAACCUCAUACACACGAGCCGUUGACUGGUGGGGUCUUGGUGUACUGAUAUUUGAAAUGCUUGUUGGUGAAUCACCAUUCCCUGGUGAUGAUGAAGAGGAAGUAUUCGAUUCUAUUGUGAACGACGAAGUUCGUUAUCCACGAUUUCUUUCUUUGGAAGCAAUAGCAAUAAUGAGAAGGUUGUUAAGGAAAAAUCCUGAUAGAAGAUUGGGUAGUAGCGAAAGAGAUGCGGAAGAUGUUAAAAAGCAAGCGUUCUUUAGGCAAAUAGCUUGGGAUGAUUUACUAUUAAGACGCGUAAAACCGCCAUUUGUUCCAGUAAUUCAUUCUGUGGAAGAUGUCAGUAAUUUUGAUGAAGAAUUUACAUCAGAAAAACCCCAAUUAACUCCACCUAAAGAUCCUAGACCACUUAGUGAUUUAGAACAAAGUCUAUUUAAAGAUUUUACGUACAUGGCUGACUGGUGCUAGCCAUAAUAACAAUGUUAAUCGUCUUUUUUGUUAAAUUUGAUACGCAAAUCGUUUAGCGUUCUAUUACUUUUUUAAAUAUCAUU